GCUUCGUCAACUUGGUGAUGUAUGAACAGAAUGCACUUCGUAGCCAUAAUUAAAACCUCGGCUAGGUCUUGUUAGGCACAUUCUAACUUACCUAGCGAAAGGGGCAAAAAAGUUUAAGAAAUAGAGGGGUUUGUCAGUUAUCUUUCGAACACAUCUAUUGACAAUUGUCGACUUUGCUAUGUAAUGGCAUUAAGUGGUACCUCUAAGACGUAAACGACUGUGUCGAUACUUUGUGUUUGGAACCAGGUAUCCAUUCGACAUUACAAAGUUUACAUGCUAGCUUUUAGUAUCGGGCCAGUCUACGCCAAAGGGUCCGGGUGUGGCUGAUGUCUUGACAUCAUGGACUCACUCAAACCCAUGAAACAAGUUCAAGCUUCAACAAGCAUAUGUUAAUGAUAGGUCUUGUGGUCUAGCUCUAAGCCAGUCAUAAUAGCCAAACCCCACAAUGGGGAAGCCACGCGUAAUAUACUGGUUUCGAACAGACCUUCGGCUCCACGAUUCUCCCGCUCUGAGAGCGGCUCUUGACCUAGAUCCUGUUGUUUUGUGGCCUAUCUUUACGUGGGAUCCUCACUAUGUGUACCGAGUCAGAGGAGGAGUGAACAGGUGGCAAUACCUACUCGACUGUCAGACUGACCUUUCAAAGUCCAUUCAAUCCCUCAAUCCCAAGUCCAAGCUUUUCGUUUUGCGCGAAGCACCGCAAACACUCUUCCCCAAACUGUUUAAAGCGUGGAAUGUAACGCACCUAGUAUUUGAAAAGGACACAGAUGUCUAUGCCCGAGAAAGAGAUAGAAUCGUGGUGGCGUUAGCAGAAAAGGCUGGCGUUAAAGUAAUCUAUCGGUAUGGACGUACGCUUUGGGAUAGUGAUGAGGUCGUUGCCAAACAUGGAGGAAAGCCAACUAUGUCUAUUACCCAACUUCAAGCUGCCGGGAGGAGAGUUGGGAAGAUACCUCGGCCCGUACCUACACCAGAGUAUCUUCCAGAUCCAGGAGAUAUGCCCAUAGACUUUGAACAUGGGAAACCGGAGCCGGAACCGGAUCUUAAUGCCCCACACCGGAGUGAGAUUGAUAAGACUUACUCACGCGUUGCAGGACCUAGGGGAGAUUUUGCUAUUGCAACUCUCGGGGAGCUUGGGUUCCCAGACACAGCUACUACACCGCACCGUGGUGGUGAGACAAUUGCUUUAAAACAUCUAGAAGAAAUCUUCUCAGACGAGAAAUACGCGGCCACUUUCCAGAAACCGAAGACCAGUCCUGCGGCUUUCGAGCCACAAUCAACGACCCUCCUGUCACCGAUGCUACACUUCGGUGCACUCUCGCCACGCCUUUUCUAUUGGCGGGCGCAAGAUCUGGUCGAAAGGUACGGCAAGGAAGCAUCCACACCGCCUGAAAGUCUGGCCGGUCAGCUAUUGUUUCGGGAUAUGUACUUCGCGGCUCAGGCAGCAAUCGGAUCUCCUUUCGCCCAAAGUAUGAAUAAUGCAUAUUGCCGGUUUAUUCCUUGGCACUUACCCUCAAGAGUAGGGGAAACUGAGACAGGCAGUAAUGCAAUUAGCGGCAAGUAUCAUGUUGAUUCUGCACAGGCAGAGGAAUGGUUUCUACGUUGGAAGGCGGGCGUGACUGGGUUUCCGUUCGUUGACGCUUUGAUGCGCCAGCUACGCGUCGAAGGAUGGAUUCAUCACCUGGGGCGUCAUAUGGUAGCUUGUUUCCUCACUAGAGGUGGAUGUUAUGUACAUUGGGAGCGUGGAGCCGACGUCUUUGAAGAGUGGCUGAUCGACCACGAACCAGCUAGCAAUGCCGGCAACUGGCAAUGGGUGAGCUGUACUGCAUUCUACUCCCAGUACUUUCGUUGCUAUAGCCCCGUGGCAUUCGGGCAGAAGUGGGACAAGAGAGGUGAAUUUAUAAGAAAAUGGGUGCCUGAGCUAAAGAACUUAGACGAAAAGUUUAUUUAUGAGCCGUGGAGGGCUAGUGAAGCAGCACUGGACGAGGCCGGGGUGAAAAUUAAAGGAGAUGGACUCCAUAUGAGAACGGAUGGAAACUAUCCAACUCCGAUGUUUGACUUUGGACAGAGGAGAAGCGUGUGUAUUGCGGCAAUGAAGAGGGCGUAUUCUAUUGGGCUAUAUGGAAACGACGACAAAGUCAAAGAUGGGACAUGGAGGGGAUUAUUUGAAAAUGUUGGUGAAACAGAGAUGGAAGGUUUAAGUGGUGGUGGUAGCAACGAGAGGAGGCACGCAAACCACGCUGAUACCCAAGAGGGAAGUGGAAAGAGCGAACUUAAGCACACAACUCAGGAUACAGUGGUUAGGGAAGGGCCGAUGGAUAGGUUUGCCAAGAAAGUGAAGAGGUGAAAUCAAUGCAAGUUUCCUUUUAAAGUCACUUUUCACUUUUCAUCGCACAAGCCUUCACAUUAGGAUUUAGCCAAUCUGGUGAGAUGGUUUAUGAGCAAUAUUUAUAUUUAUCUGAAGUAUAAAAUAAGAGCGUUUACCAUAUCGUUUUUUCAUGAUAAAUAUAUUGCU